UAAGAUGCUUUUUAUUCCUGGGAAAGAUGAACUUUUAACACUUUCAGCUAAUAUUAUAAAGUUUUGGAAGUUUUCUUACAAGCCACUUAGAACCCAUGACUCUAGAAACUCUUUACAAAAAGAAUGUUCUUCUGAGUUAAGUGACCAAAGGGACUCUCUCGUUCAUCUCAUGGAAAACGAGCCGCGCCAGUUGUUAGCUCAGUCUUCUGUGAGGUUUCUCUUUGUUACUUGCUCUGACAUUUACUGCAUCACAGAAGAAAGCAUUUUGGUUGUGCAACGAAUUGUGGACGGAGAUCUGGCGUUAGUUCUUCGCCUUCCAGCCACUCGACGAGCCAAACUUUUACACCACAGCCGCCUAGGCACUCUGCUGGGCCUGCUGACCCGCGCAGGUUCGCUGUGGCUGUCCAACCUGCACGGUGCCGAGGGCCAACUUGGCAGUCUUUUCGGGCAUGUCAUAGACUUUGACUUAAGUGGUGACGUGCUCUGCUACAUAACUAGCGACGCCCAGCAAGUGUUUUGCCAACUCUCAGCGAGUGACCAUCGCGCGCCGGACUAUACAUUGCUGUUGAAAGAGCACGGAAGUUUUGAGACGAAGAGGCGGGAAAUAUGGGAAGCUAUCCUUAACCUUCCGAAAGACACUGAGAGCUUUGAUGCGCUGAAUAACUUUUGCCAGCAGAAAAGUCGAAUCGACGUUAACGACUAUCAACACCUUCCAGCCACCACUGCAUUGGCUCUUAAGUGCGUCGUGGACUGCGUAGAUGCGUACGACCCUUUUUUCAGACUUCUAGAGUUUCUCCCGGAACUCGUUUUCGCUGUUCUCCACAUCGCUCCUAAAGACAGGCAGUUUGCACUGGAGGUGUCACUCACGCUUUUAGAAAACUGGGGCCCUGGCCUCUCCGGUUCACAUGCUUAUAUCGAGCUCGCUAUGAACCUGCUACGGACUUUCGAUAGGCCGCUCUCGUUGCGGAUUAUUGAUGCCGGGACCGCUUGUCAGGGUCAUUUUAGUGGGUAUUUAAAGCGAAUGUUUCUCGACAACUUCCACGAAAAGCAGUUCUACCGGCUUUGGGACCACUUGCUAUUGGAGGAUCCCGUGUUUGUAUUAUACGUUGCUGUUGCUGUGGUUCAUGUUUUUCGAAAGUAUCUGUUAACUACGUCUCCCGAGAAUCUUGAGAGGUUUUUUAGCGCGUGCUACGAUUCAAGUUUGGAUAAGAUUUUGAAGAUCGCUUACGAAAUCUAUCAACGGUACCCGCUACGCCCCUUAGGGUUUCACCCAUUAAGAAAGCUAAAGGGUUAUGCAAAACGAUCGCCGCGCAUGACGACAGAAGUGGGCCCCCCUUUGUUUUCCGUAAAAAACGAAAGUCUUUCUAAAAGACACUUUCAUGGAGAGUCGGCUAGCCCGUGCGCUUUUGAGAAUUUCAGUACGCAACCGCCGAAGGGAGUCAAGAUCAAUGAAGAUUCGUGUUCAACGGACCUCGAAGCGGCACCAACACCCACUCCAAGCUCCCUAGAGGACAGCCUCUCUUUGGAAAACUGUCAGGAGGCUUUACUGAUUCGGAUGCUACAUAGAAGAUUUCAACACUCCAUUGAAGACGCCGUUUACGUUCAAAAAGAUUUAGACUGGAAUAUAAGAAAAUUAUUUGCUAAACUUUAUAAGCGCGAGAAAGAAACCCUUUUACUUUUUGAUGACUUAAAACUUUUGAGAAAACAAAAAUACAAAUUUAGUCAAAAAACAAGCCCGUCGCUCAUCGAUAAGCAUCAACAUAGUGACACUAAAAAGCAGAAGACUAUAAGCGGUUUGAAUAAAGAUAAAGUUCUAUUCCAACUCUUAGAGUUAUGUGAUGAACAACAACUACAAGAGAUACUGCGAUUAAAUAAUUUCCAAAAGAGAAAUCACACCUUUUUUUCGGGCAGUAUUCACAAUAGUUGUGAAGAGAGCAACAACAACAUAACUGCUAAGUCAAUUGAAACAAUAUAUUCAAAGGGAAAUAGUAGUAACUCUCAAUUGUGUGAAGAGAGCACCAACAGUAAUAACGAUAAUUCAAUGGAAACAAGAUUUUUAAAGGGAAACAGUGGUGAUUCUCAAUUGUUGGUUCAAGAUAAUUUAAUUUCAACGAGAGCGGAAGAGUCGAAAACUUCCUACUCCCAUGACGACUUGUCUAUUUUUGAGCAAACAGAAAAAUUGAAAGCAGAUGCCCAAGAGCUUUUAGUUAGAUAUGAAAAUGUACUGAAAAACAUGGUUACUGCAAUUUCCACGCAGAAGAAAAAAGAAGGCUUUCAGUGUUCCGCGUAUAGUAAUAUAUCCCACAAUUAA